AUGGCUAUUUUGCAAGCACAAUCUCAAACGUCAGCUGCGAUUUUGCAGGCGCUGCACACGCUCGCCUCCGCAGCCGCCCCCCUGACCCGCCCGGAAGCCCCCUGGCCCGGCGAACACGCCGACCAGGCACCGGCUCCGGGCCAGGCGGCCCCCACUCCUGCGGCCACGCCCUCCCUCCCGCGCAGCCCUGACCCCGCCCCCGCGGCCGCGGCCGCCGCACCGCCCGCGUUUUCCAGAGACGCCCCGGGAGCCGGCGCCGUACCCCCGCUGCCCACCCGCCUCCUGGACUCGCAGCCGGCCCCCCCGGCAGACACAAACCUGGCGUCCCCACCCCCCCACCCCCCUGCGGCGCCGCAGCCCCUGCCUCUGGCUGCAGAGCCCCUGAACCCCCCGCCACCGGCACCACUUCCUGGUUUGCCGAACCCGUCACCAUAUCCCUCCGCAUCCCUCCCUCCGCCGGAUCUACAGCCUGCCGCAGCACCCAAAGCCACAGCUACAGGAUAUCCUUCCGCAAAUGCCGGCUCUUCACAAAUGCCGCUGCCGACGAGCUCCACCCCUCCAACUCUUCUGCCUCAGCUGACAUCAGCCCCUGCCUCCCACACUAGCAGCUCCUCACCGCAACCUGACGGAGACACCAUGCAGCGAGAGG